UUUGUUUACAGACAUUCUUCAAUCAAAACUCGACUUCUCUAGAUCUAAAUCUAACUGUAGUCUUAGAGUCUAGAUCUAGUCUAGAUCUAGUCUAGAUCUCGAUACAGAUCUAGAUCUAUCUAGAAAUGUAUACCAUUGUCCAGAAACUUGGUCAAGGAGCAUUUGGUCAAGUAUAUCAUUUAAAUGUUAUUGAUGGAAAUGAAUUUGCAUUAAAAGUUGUCUCGACUCACAAACUUGUGGAGCUAGAGGACAGGAAACUAGAUUCUGAGGCAAAGUUAAUGACCAAACUUUGUCAUCCACACCUUGUGCAAUGUUGUGCCUACUUCAUGGAUAGUCAAUCUCUCUACCUUGUGACUGAGUUUUGUAACCAUGGUAACCUUAGAGAGUAUCUCUCUAAUCUCCAAACCAAAGCUCAACAUGUACCUGAAGAGACAGUUCUUAAAUGGCUUGGCCAAAUGGCUGAUGCUUUGAGAUAUCUGCAUGACAGUCGAAUCAUCCAUAGAGAUAUUAAACCAGACAACAUCUUCCUUCAUAGCUCACAGCAUAUAAAAAUAGGAGAUUUAGGCAUUGCAAGGGAACUUGAUUCUACAAAUCAGAAACUAGACACUCUUAUAGGAACAUACUUGUACAUGAGUCCAGAAUUACUCAGUGGUGAGUCCUACACAACAAAGACAGAUAUCUGGAGUCUAGGCUGUUGUAUCCAUGAAGUCAUGACACUGUCACCAACAUUCAAGGCUGAGAGUAUUGCAGAGGUUGUGAACAAAGUCACUAGAGGAAAGAUUGGGCCUAUGCCAAAUAUUUAUCAACAAGUAUUACGUCAGCUUGUACAGACCAUUCUCACAGUGAAACCAAAAUCUCGACCAGAUGCCACUGACAUUUUAUUUUAUGUUUGUCAAAUCCAAGGCAAGCCUUACUGUUCAGGUCCACAUAAGCCACUAGAAAAAGUUCAUUUCGACACAAAAUCUUUAAGUAAAGCAUUAAAAGAUUUUGAAGAACAAUUGUCUGGUGUUAUGAGACCGUUGCCUAAACCAAGGAAAAAAAAAUCAAGAUUCAGUUCAUCAAAGUUAGAUAAAGAAAAAAUUAAGCAAAUAAAUGAACCAGAUAAUGAGAAAGUUGAUGUAUUACAGUCUGCAAAUAGAGUUAUGGAGACUCCUGUUCAUGAAUCACAUCAGAUCAAGACAUUAGAAGACGACUCUGAUUUUUAUCAAAUGUUGCAGUCCACAAAGAGUGAUUCUGACAGUAUAGUAACGUUAUACACAAGGUCUCAGAAAGUCACUUUCACAAAGUACAAAGACACAAGUAGAUCUUGACAGUCUUUUCCUUAUGAAUCAUCUUACAAGGCAAGUGCUUCUUGCUUCAAAUCUCUGAUUUUUUACUCAAUUGCCAGUCUAAACAGUUUCAUCUGGAAUGGUUAGUGCUUUAAUCACACUGGCAGGCCAGGCCAUUUAGGAGUAUGUUACAGACAGUGGGAGCUUAUUUUUACUGACAGUUAUAACAUAUUUGAAAUAAGCUACUUAUUAGUUUCCAUAUUCAUCACUCUUGUUCAAAAGUUUUAUGUGAUAAAUCUACUUUCCAUUCACAGUGUUCAAUCUAUUAAAGUUUACAAUGUGUUAAAGGGAAAAGAAUAUUUGUUUUACAAAUAUUUUGUUUUUAUUUUCAUUUCAUUUACAUUUUUAAAAGAAUUUAUGUUAAGCUUCAGAUUUAUCUUUAAAUUUUUAUUGAAAAAAUUUAUAGUUUUGAACCAAGAGGAACUAAUUCAAAUCUGACAGUAGCAACAUUUUGACUUAUUUCUAUCAAAAAAAUUUUGAUUGCUUGUUUUUUUUUAAGAUGAAGUUUUUAGUCACUUUAAGAAGCUUGUGAAACUCACAACUAGUCCUAGAGAAUUGAUGGAGACAAUGAAUCACUUCCUUAGAAAGCAUGUCAACAGUUUUUUCAGCAAGUUCACAAACCAGAUAUUUGUCCUGAAGUGAUUUUUUAUUUUAUAUUUGAAAUGAACUUAUUUAAUAAACACUAGUACAUCUAGAACAAAACAUAAUACUUGUUUACAACUAGGAAUCAUGGAUCAUAUCAUUAAUCCACUAAUUCACUAUGUAGAAUAUAUGAGUUUGUUUAUUAUUUUUUAAUUUAAUGCAGAUGAUUAAAAUAUGGACAAAUCUUGAGUAUAUGCACACAAAAGUUUUUUUUCUUCUUAUCUUAUAUAAUCUUAUAUUAUACAGAUGUUACUUCAAAAAAGAAGAUGAUUAUGUCCGUCCUACGCAUCAUGCAUCUAGUCAUGCAUGUUAAUUAAUGACUUAAAUUCUGUGAAGUCACUGGUUUUCCUGGCCAGCCCAGGCAACCCAUUCCAUGCUCUAAUAGGGCUAGGGAAGAAGGAGUAUUUGUACAAAUUUGUCCUAGCAUUUUUGACACCUGUCUGUCAAAGGUUUAGAAAGUUGUUGUGGGGCUAGCUAUUACCUUCCCCAACAAAGGUCAUAUACUUAGAGAUCAUCAUCAUCAAACUCCAUUUGAGUGAGGGCUUGAGAGUCUCAAAUCCUCUCUUGCAAAAGCCCUGGACAGAAACUCUGCUGUCUUGCGUAGUGCAUAAAUGUCGCUAUACAGGUCGAGAAUUUUAGCUUUCCCAGACCUGUUGAGACGGAGAUCAGCAAGUCUGGGGCAGUCAAACAGGAUAUGAGGCACGGUUUCCUCUUCUUCCCCGCAGCGGGGGUACCGUGGAUCGAAAUUUGGCCAUAGCCGUGAGAAAUAUAUACUAGAGAUAGCUUGGCCCAGAUGUUGUUCAUUGAUAUUGUUAUUAUAUUGUAGUUCAAAUUACAUUCCACAUAUUUUUUUUUUCUUUUUUAAAUUUUUAUAUUUUCUUUUACAACAUUUAGUUUAAUAAAUUAUAAACAGCUGUAAUAAAUUAUAAACAGCUGUAAUAAAUUAUAAACAGCUGUAAUGUAAUAAAUUAUAAACAGCUGUAAUAAAUUAUAAACAGCUGUAAUAAAUUAUAAACAGCUGUAAUGUAAUAAAUUAUAAACAGCUGUAAUAAAUUAUAAACAGCUGUAAUAAAUUAUAAACAGCUGUAAUGUAAUAAAUUAUAAACAGCUGUAAUAAAUUAUAAACAGCUGUAAUAAAUUAUAAACAGCUGUAAUAAAUUAUAAACAGCUGUAAUAAAUUAUAAACAGCUGUAAUGUAAUAAAUUAUAAACAGCUGUAAUGUAAUAAAUUAUAAACAGCUGUAAUAAAUUAUAAACAGCUGUAAUAAAUUAUAAACAGCUGUAAUAAAUAAUAAACAGCUGUAAUGUAAUAAAUUAUAAACAGCUGUAAUGUAAUAAAUUAUAGACAGUUGUAAUAAAUUAUAAACAGCUAGGUUGUUUGAUAUUAGUUUCUACUCUAAGAAAUCAUUUUAAAGUUUUGCAGUAAUUUUAUAAAUGAAUUAUGAUUGAGUUGAUUUGCUAAAAUGUUGGCAUUGUUUUUAUUUUCCUGAGAUCUGAUGUACAUAAUUGUAUUCUAAUAAUGUCUAAGAAGAAUCAAUAAUUUAUUUAUUUGUAUGACAUUCAUAAGUUGUUGUUUUUUUGUUGUCUUGACCCAAUUUAAGGCUAGCAGAAAAUGAAUUUAAUAAGGGAGAUAAUUCAGAGACUGUUGAAAUUGUGUUCAAUAAUUUAUCAAAUAUAAUUCAUUACUGAAUUGUUUUGUACAUUCAUCCAAUUCAAAUGAUUAUCUUGCAAUAUAAUAAUCUUAAUUUUUAAAAAACUUGAAUAAAUGAAGUCAAUGCA